UGCCAUUGCAAAAUAGAGCCGUCGAGACUGCUCAUUUGUUGUCGGGGUUUAUCAUUGGAGGUUUUAGGGGGGUUUAUUUUAAACAAAAUGCGAUUUCAGGUUAAAAACUCAAACGUGUUCCUACAACUUUUCAGGAAAGGUGACAAGUUUAGGCACACCAUUCCGAUUUCUACACACGGCGGUGACUUCGAAAGAGCCCUGGUACCUUGUGAGCUCAACUCCAUCCCGGGCCCCAUCAGGUGGCCGGUGGUGGGGAGUUUGCUGGAGAUCAUGAGGAAAGGAGGGCUCCAAAAACAACACAUAACACUGGUGGAAUUUCAUAAGAAGUUCGGGAAGAUUUUUAAGAUGAAACUGGGUCCCUUUGAAUCCGUGCACGUCGGGGCCCCGUGCCUCUUGGAAGCUCUUUACCGCAAAGAAAGCAACUACCCGCAGCGCCUGGAGAUCAAACCAUGGAAAGCUUACAGAGACUACAGGGAUGAGGCGUAUGGGCUGCUCAUACUGGAAGGGAAGGAGUGGCAACGAGUGAGGAGCGUAUUUCAAAAAAAGUUGAUGAAGCCAACGGAAAUAGCAAAACUGGACGGAAAAAUCAAUGGGAUUCUGAAAGAUUUUAUCCGAAGAUUAGCGAGGCUUCGCGACGAGACAGGCAAAGUUGACGAUUUAUACCAGGAGCUGAACAAAUGGUCCUUUGAAACUAUUUGCUUGGUGUUGUAUGAUAAACGAUUUGGUCUUCUGGAACAAAACGUGGGUGAAGAAUCUUUGAACUUCAUUCAGGCAAUUAAAAUUAUGAUGAAUACAUUUGGUAAAAUGAUGGUGACUCCAGUAGAAAUGCAUAAAAGAUUUAAUACGAAGAUUUGGAAGGACCAUACAGAAGCUUGGGAUAACAUAUUCAAAACAGCAAAAUGCCACAUUGAUGGAAGACUGAACAGAGAGUCGUCUUGCCCUGCCAAUGAUUUUCUCUCCGAUAUUUACAACGGCAGUGAACUAUCGAGAAAAGAGCUGUAUGCUACCAUCACUGAGCUCCAGAUUGGAGGAGUGGAGACGACGGCCAACAGUUUGCUCUGGGCUAUCUUCAAUCUCUCUCGCAAUACUAAAGCACAAGAAAAACUUUAUGAGGAACUGCUGCAUGUGCUACCUGAAGAUCAGGCCCCAUCUGCAGAAGAUAUUAAGAACAUGCCCUACCUAAAGGCUUGUCUGAAGGAGUCUAUGAGAAUUACUCCUUCGGUUCCCUUUACAAGUCGGACCUUGGAUGAAGAAACACUCCUUGGUGAUUAUCUACUGCCGAAGGGAACUACUUUAAUGAUAAGCUAUCACGCAUUAGGGUGGAAUGAAGAGAAUUUUGAUGACGGAAUGCAGUUUAAACCGGAGCGCUGGCUGCAGGAUAAGGAUAAGAUCAAUCCCUUUGCUCACAUGCCGUUUGGUGUUGGGAAAAGGAUGUGUAUUGGCCGGCGAUUGGCUGAGUUACAGCUGCAGCUGGCCCUCUGCUGGUUGGUAAGAAAGUACAAAAUAGUGGCGACCGAUGAAGACCCUGUAGAAGCACUGAACUCUGGGAUAAUGGUGCCAAACCGCAAGAUCCCCGUGGCCUUCCACAAUCGUUAACCGAGCACUGCGAUUCUUCGAGAGCAGAGCCCAACCUACACUCUUGUUAACCUCAGCAUUUUAUAAUCAGUCAAAAAGGUAUCACAAGGCCAAAAGAAUGUUGUGGGAAUGGAAGGAUUUCAACACAUUUGCUGACCCACAGAGGAUUACAGUCUCCGUUUGGCCUGAUAAGAAAUUAAGUCAUUGCAACCUUAUUUUGACAGAACCAUUCACUGAGCAAUAGACUUACGAGUAAAUAGUAAAACAACACUCAGUGUGACAUUUGAUGCUUAAUAUCUUGUAAGGUUGAAAUGCAUUAUAUGUAAAAUCAUUUAUCGUGAAGAAGUAAGGGUUUUUCAAAUAACCAGAAAAAACUCCACGAAAACCUGACUAUGUCAAUGUACUGUAACCGGAGCUUUUACAGGUAGCUGCCAGUCCCCAGAAGCUGGGUUGUUUUGUGCUCUUGCUGUGAUCUGCUUCAGGUAGAAAAUCUGCCCACUAAAAGCAUCCACAUACCUGAAAGGUGAAGGAGAAAUUCCAAGUGGAUUAAAGCUUCUGUUUUUUUUCUACACUAGCUGGAACAAUUACACAGUAAAAUAUAAUUGGUGUAGAAAUUAAUCUUGGAAGAUAGUGGAAAACUGGAUGCAUCACAUUGACUGCUUAUUCUUUUUACUUUUAUCCUAUACUCGAUUGUGUAAAAACAUAAAAUAGUGGUGUACAAUGUGCAAUCUCCUGUUCUUCUCUCCUGUGUAAAAUUAAUCCCUACUCUGUUGUCCUUGUUGCAUAUAAUUAUGUAAAUAAUUGAAACUAAGUUAACUAUAUAUCAAUUCAUCAAAUCAUGGUCAACAAUAAUGUUUACAUCUUGAAAGCGAUUGAUAAAUUGACAUUUGCAGAAAAAUUAGCCUGUUUGUGUCAAAUGUUAAGCUCAUUUAAAUGGAUUUUACUUAAAUUCAAUUUAAAAAUUAAAGGCACUUUGUAAUGUAUUAGUCAAUCUGCACAGCUGAAGCAAAUUUUACUACCUGACUUGUAAAAAGUUUUUUAAUAUGCUAAUAAAAGGCAAUACGAACAAUUUAACAA